UGUCCCUUUUAUCUCCUGCUUGCUUUGACACGGAACGGAACGGCGGAAGGCUAUGGCAUCUCAGCAACACUCGCCGGCGGCGAAGAAGAAGAAGAAGAAAUCCCCAUCACUACCUCCUACCACCAUAAGCGGCCUUGACCAAGACAUUCUGCACGAGAUCUUCGUCCGCCUCCCCUCUCUCCCCAGCCUCGUCCGCGCCGCCUUCACUUGCCACACCUUCCUCGAUGCCGUUCGUUCGUCCCCCGCCUUCCGCCGCCGCUUCCGCGCCCUCCACUGCUCCCCAGUCCUAGGUCACUUUAUCGACAACCAAGAACUCACCCUUAUCCCUAACUUCCUACCUCUCCGCCGCCGCUCCGACCCAGACCUUGGGGCUGUCCUCCGUGGGGCCGAUUUCUUCCUCACCCGCCUCCCAGAUGACGAUGAUGCAUUCCGCGGGUGGUCAAUCCACGACUGCCGCGACGGAUUCCUUGUUCUCGGCAACUGGAGCGCCGACCAGAUGGCCGUCUACAACCCGCUCACGCGUACCAUGGAUCUGUUUCCCCUGCCGCCGCGCGAGGACUUCGAUCCCGAUGGCUUGUAUUUUGAUUUCCACAUCCUGCCCUCAGAAGAAGACCACCGGUCAUUCCGCCUUGUGUGUGUCCGGCACGGCGAAAUUGGGGCGCGAGCUCUUGUCUUAUCAUCGGACACCAGCAAGUGGCAGAAUUUUCCAUGGGUACGCAUCAACGGGUUCUGGCCUGAGAACGGCACCAUGGUGAAUGGUUGCAUCUAUUGGACCACUGGAGUGCCAAAUGACGCCCGUGUGCUCAACACCGCUACGAUGCACUUCUCCCGAAUUCAUCUGCCGCCGCGGAGAGCGAAUACAACAUGGAAGGCUGGUGAGACCAAGGAUGGAAGGCUAUGUAUGGCAUGCGUACCGCUGGAAGUCCAAGCCCAACGCCCGCUUGAUGUUUGGUUCUGGAGAGCUGAUGGCGAUGGUGUUGAGAGAUGGAUGCUGGAUAAGUCACUUCCGAUGCAGGAGCUUGCUGAGAUCGUUCAGUGUCACAUCGAUGAUGAUAAUGCUAGAGUUCAACUGAAUGCUGUGGCGAUUAUCGACGGUUUUAUCUAUUUGUCUGUUCAUUGUGGGAGGUGGCAGCAUCAUCAUCCAACUUUCUGGUUCCUAUCCUUCUGCCUGGAAACAGGGGUCCUGAAUAAGCUUGGUCGUGUCCUUGGUGCUGCAUCCCAUCCAUAUAUCAUGCCGUGGCCUCGUUCUUUGGUGCACAACAAGCUAAGCAGUUCGUCCAGUUGAUCUGUGUAUGAGCUACUUAAGCAACUGAAGUUAUAUAUGUUCAUUAAGCUGCAUCAUUGGGCUCCUAAGGGCAAAAUCACAGAAGAAGAAACAUCUGUGCCGCUCACUACUGGGUAGCACAGUUAUUUCGAACUGUAGAUCUUGAAUUGGGAAGAUUGAAGAAGCGGGAUGCUAAGUUUGCAAGCAGGGCUACAUCGACAUGCUAGACUUGUUGGCUCACGCAACUUCACUUAGAAGUUGCAACAUUCUGUUAGAACUUCCGUAGAGCUGUUUUAAUUUUCAUAUAUGGGCUAUGAACUGUGUGAUCAGUGAAUCGAUCAAAAUUUAUCAAAUUUGUCC